GAGAGAAGAAUCGCUUAUACGUACCUCCUCACAACCUUUCAACGUCUUUGUUUGCUGCUACUAAAUAUUUAUUGAUUGAUUGAUUGAUUGAUGCAUUUCAUGGAUCUCUUACCUUAGCCAAAAAAAAACUCUCCAAUACAAACAUUUGCUUUGCUUUUCCUCCUCUCUUUCUUCUCUUCACCAUCAAACAUCGUAUAUCUUUCAUUAAACAAACGGAAGUGCUUCUUUGUUCCUUUUUCUUUCCUUUAUAGGAGAAACAUCGUCACAAAGGGCAAGCGUACCGAAACAAGCCCCAAUGUUUCUCUUUCGCAAGAACGCCGAGACGGUCGAGGAGGCCGAGGAUCACGAGCCGAUCAACGUAACCAACACCGCUCGCACAGACGAGGGCCACGAAGAAGGCGAAGUGGAAACGAUCAACAACUCCGCGCAGGCAGUCGGAGCAGGAUCGGAGGAGCGGCACAGAGACGAAGACGCGCAGCAACAGGGCGACGAACAGGACCAUGAAGAGGAGUCGAAGGCUGCUGCGGACGUCCGUGUCGGCUCCGAAGACACCCCGUACGCGAGUCGCGAAGGCACCGUUCCGCCGCUGGAGGAGCAGCACAUCAUGCAGCAGCAGCGCGAGGUGGAGGCCGAGGAGGAGGCGCAGGCGAGCGCAGCUCCCCCGGCGCUGGCCGCCACCGCCGUGAUGAGCAGCCUCAACAUUCCCCACACGAGCAGCAACCAGCACAGCAGUAAAGGGGCAAACGGCACUGGUCAGCCGCCGAACAACACUAAUGGUGUGCAUCGCGGCAGCCGCGGCACGACACCGCGGGCCACAACCGCCGGUCAGUCGCCCCGCCCGCACAGCCACGACGGCCGCUCCUACACCGGCAGUGUGCGGACGGCCGGGGACACCGGAGCGGAGGACCAGCAGAACCUCGCCCGCCGCUGCUCCUCGACGGUGCUGUCGGCCCGCAACCUCUCCGAGCGGCGGGCGAGUGCAGUGAACCAGUGCAUUGGCAGCAUCGACGGUGGCUUCGGCGCCGCUCGACGCCGCACCGGCUCGAUGUCGCCGGCGGAGCGCGAGGCGGUGGAGCGGAUGCUAGAGAACGAGCAGCACCGGCAGGAGGCUGCGGAGCGGGAGGCGCAGUUCAGCCUCAUCCGCGAGACGACGCUCGUGGAGGCGGAGCUGGCGAAGGAGAAGACCAGCUACGAACACCUCAUCCAGCGGGAGCGGGAGCGGCAGGCCGAGAUUGGCCGCCGCAGCUCGCUAAGGGAGGAGCGCAUGCUCACCGCGGCGCAGCGCCGGCAGGAGCUGGAGGAUCAGCGGCAGCUCGCCAUCCUCGACGCCAUCACUUCGAAGGACGAGCGCUCCACUGCGGGGGGCCCGUACGCGGUGGCGGUCGCGCGGCGGCGCUACCACUCGCCGGCUACCCCGGCACGUCGCCAGAGUGCGGCGGUGCACAACGGCAACGGCAGCAACGGCGGCGGUGGUGGCACGAGCGAUAUUGAUCAACGCCGCCACUCCGCACCGGCGGAAGACGUGCCGCCAGCGAAGCGGAAGACUGACACGUCGCGGCCGAGGCAGUGCCUUCCAAUGAGCGCGUGGAGGACGCCGGAGCAGCAACGGCAGCAGCAGAAGAAGAACGAGGCGCGCGCCGGGUCGAAAAAGUCGCGUUGUCUGCCGCCAGGCGCGUGGCAGGCGCCCACCGUGGCAGACCACCCACGCCAGUGGCACUAA